AUGAACCUCGUCAAAUAUGAAGGUCCAGUGAGGGCUCCAGAUACGCUUUUGAGAGGACAAGCGAAAAAGACGUACCCUUGGGAAUCAGCCAAGAGAGAGCCAAUGGAACAGAGCUGGGAUAUUAAGACCUUGCUUUAUUUACUGUUUUUUGAGCAAUUUUGUUUUCAAAGAUAUACUUUCUAUAUUUCUGAAUGUUUCCAAGGAAAAUCUUUUAUUGGAAGUGUCCAAGAACUUGAUAUAUUUGGAAAAAUUGACCUACAUAAUUACUAUACUCAAUCCUUCUUUUCGUUUUAUUUUCUGGAAACUCUGCCAUGUAUGGUUGAUAUUUUAACCUAUAUUUGUGAAUAUAAUCUACCCUGGGUAUCAAUUUUUUGGAGCCUUUUGGAUUAUCUAAAAUUCGAGCAUCGUGUGGCAAACUUUAUACCAUAUCUGUAA